AUGAUGCGCACCUGCUUAUUCUGGUCCCCGGGUUACGCGGCAAUAACUUUGAUGCUUCUUCUAGGAGACUGUUCUCUAAAUGGCCAAACAAGUGAAUCUUCGACCCGAAUCUUAGUGUUAUUGCCCGGUCGCAAGGGCAAUUUCUUGUUCCCUUUUGGAAAAGAACGAGCAGGGGCUGCAGUGAGCAUUGCUGUAGAGGAUAUUGAGAAAAAGGGGAUCAUGGAAGAGGGUUCCAUUGUUCUGGAUUAUGUGGAUACGCAAUGCGAAGGAGUCAAUGGACUGGGUAAAACAAGUGACAUGCUGCGAAAAACGAACUACAGCGCCAUCAUAGGUCCGCAGUGUUCCCAAGUGUGCAGUUUCGUGGGGCGACUCGCCGCAUACUACAACAUAGCGUGCUUCUCCGGAGUUUGUCAGGACACGGAGAUGCUAGACAAAACUGUCUUUACGACGCUGACCAGAUUCCUGGGAACGUUUGACAAAGUGGGUCUGGCGGUUACCGGAAUAAUGAAAGCUUUCUCGUGGAAUCGUAUCGGAAUUAUUGCACAGAAACACACGGACGUGAUCUGGAUGUACACGAUGGACGCGGUCAAAAGUAUGGCCGACGACCACGGAAUGCACGUCGCCAUCUCGAAAACAUUCAACGGAUCGGAAAACCUGUACGAUUUGUUGAAGCAAGUGGCAAUGACUUCGAAAAUCAUUGUUCUGGCCGUUAGAGGGGACACACUGAGAGCGCUGAUGAUCCACGCCUACGACAUGGGUCUGAUAAAGGAGAACUACAUGUUUAUCUGUGUCUACUACUACUCACAGAAAAAUACCUUUGGGGACAUUUCCUGGAAACAGAACGACGCUGCUGAUGAAAAAGCCAAGCUCGCUUAUAAGUCGGUGUUAUUUAUUUCGUAUUUCACACCGAAUACAAUCGAGUACAGGAACUUUACGGAGAGGGUUAAAAUCAAAUCAGAGGAAUUAUUUAACUACACCUAUCAAGCAAGCGAAGAGGUGCCCUAUCCUGCUUCAAAUCUUUAUGAAGCAAUGUAUAUGUACGCUUUAUCCGUAAAUAUGACGUCAUCAGAAGGAAACGACUCAUCCAAUGGCCGCUUAAUUGCUACGAGAUUAUGGGGAAACUCUUUCACUAGCAUGACAGGAAAUAUCUCACUGAAUGAAAAUGGCGACAGACAGCAGGGGUACAAGAUAGAAAUGAUUCAGCUGACGUCACAGUUCCAAUUAAAGACAGUUGGGUAUUUUUUCACGGAUGACAGGGUGUUCCGAGAGGAUCUUGUUCACCAGAUACAGUGGCCCGGGGGUGGGGGCCCGCCAGUUGACCACCCACCAUGUGGUUUUAAUGGGGAAUUCUGCAAGCAUCAUUUGACCCAGACUGAGAUUCUAGAAAUCGUUGUUGGAACAUUGGGAGGAGUUCUAGUUCUAGUGGUGUUUCUUAGCAUUAUCAUUCCACGCUUUGUUGUAAGGCAUAUCAAAAAGAAAGCAAGCGAAAGUGUAUGGAGAAUUAAGGAAACCGACCUCAUAGCUAAAAAGAGAUCUAAUUUCUCUAUGUCGAGGAUCUCUCUCCGUUCUGAGCAGAUUGUUGUAGACAAAUACCUCGUGUGCACGGCGCUAUACAAGGGAGCAACCGUUGUGCUGAAAAAAUUUGAAAAGGGCGAUUCCAUUUAUGAUGUGAAAGAAUUCCGACAGAUUCGAGAACUGGACCAUUUGAACGUAGCCAAAGUAUUCGGAUUUUGCAUGGAUUCUCUCAAGUUUGUUGUGGUGGCGGAAUAUUGCAGCAAGGGGAGCUUAAUGGAUAUCUUGGAAAAUGAAGAUAUCAACAUGAACUGGGACUUCCGUUGCUGUUUACUCUGGGAUACAAUUAGGGGUCUCGAAUACAUCUUCAGCUCAAGUAUUCGAUACCAUGGAAACCUAAAAAGCUCGAACUGCGUCAUUGAUGGCCGAUUUGUUCUGAAACUGACGGACUUUGGACCCCGGGAAUGGCUCGAGAAGAAAAGUAGAUGCGAUCGAGACUUGCUUUGGACAUCGCCAGAGAGACUUCGACUGAGAGUUCUUCCUUUUUUCGGCCACUAUCAACUAUCGGACAUCUACUCGCUAGCCAUUGUAAUGCAUGAACUGUUCGAGAGAGCUGGUCCGUUUGGAGUCGAGACAAUUCAGAUUCAACCUUACGAAAUCAUAGAGCGGCUGAGGAACCAGACGACUGUUCACUUCCGGCCUCUGUUUGAAUCCAAUAAUUGUCCGGGAAAACUCCAAGCUCUGAUCUCAAAGUGUUGGGACGAAAGUCCCGAAUGUAGACCUAGUCUGAAAGAGCUGAAGAAGAACAUCAAAAUUACUACAGAUGUUCAAGCUGACAACUUUUUUGACAAUCUUCUGAAACGAAUGGAGCAAUAUGCAACGAAUUUGGAGGAAUUGGUUGAAGAGAGGACAUCGAAAUACCUACAUGAGAAGAAAAGAGCCGAGGAUCUUCUAUAUCGGCUAUUACCCCAAUCAAUCGCUCACCAGAUACAGUCUCAAGGAUUUGUAGAACCAGAAGCAUUUGAAUCAGUUAGCAUUCUUUUUACCGACAUUGUACAAUUUACGUCAUUCUCCGCAGAAUCAUCGCCAAUGCAGAUUGUGCAAAUGUUGAAUGAACUAUAUUCCACUUUUGAUGAUGUCAUCACCGCAUAUGACGUCUACAAGGUGGAGACGAUCGGGGAUGCCUACAUGUGUGCUUCCGGUCUGCCCCAGAGGAACACGUACCACCACACGGAGAUCGCCAAAAUGACCAUCUCCAUAAUGAAGGUGGUCGACAAAUUCAAAAUCCGGCACCGGCCGCACCGGAAGUUACAACUCCGUGCUGGAAUUCAUUCUGGCCCCUGUGUAGCGGGUGUUAUCGGUAGCAAAAUGCCACGCUAUUGUUUAUUUGGGGACACCGUGAACACAGCAUCAAGGAUGGAGAGCACGAGCGAAGCAUCAAAAAUUCAAAUCAGUAGUUCCACGGCUACACUUCUUCGGGACUCGCCGGACAUCGAUUUAACUACUAGGGGAGAGAUCUUUAUCAAGGGCAAGGGCACCAUGUUGACCUACUGGCUGGAAUGGAGGGAGCAGAAACCAAAGACACAGGUGUUCUCAGAAAUGGCCGCACUAAUGGAAUCAUCGAACGCGUGGCAUUCUGAAUUAAACGGCAACACAUUGACUGAUGUGUGCAAUCAUUAAAAAUGUCCAUUAUUGUGUCCAUGUACGUGUGUAUGUUGUGUAAUUGUUUUAUUCAGGGCGGGAUCAUGUGAAUUCUAUUUUUACACAUGGAAGAAACGUUGUUCUAUUGGUUGGAAACGACAUAAACUCUCUGAAAUACCUUAUGUGG